CUCAGAUUCACAGAGACGGAACCAAAAUUUUAAGUAUGUCUGUAUAAGAUAUUACCAUCAUAUUAAAUUCAUUCUAUUCGGAUGAAUUGUCGGCAUUGAACAUUGAGACCCCACUUUUGAAUCAACAAAUCCCUCCCAAUCCCUCUGUGUCUCACACUUGUGCAGAUCAACCCAUCAUCUCCCUCUCUCUAUAUUCACAUUGAGAAAAGAGUGAAAUUGUGGUCCUUUCUUUGUGGGUAUUUUCCAAGAUUUAGUAACUAUAUCUGUCAAAUAUGGAUUCCAAGACCCGUCUGGAUUAUGCUUUGUUUCAGCUCACCCCAACAAGAACCAGAUGCGAUCUUGUAAUCUAUGCUAGUAACAAUUCGGAGAAAUUAGCUUCUGGUUUAUUUGAACCUUUUAUUACACAUCUCAAAUCAGCAAAAGAUCAGAUUUCUAAAGGGGGUUAUUCCAUUACUCUUCGUCCUUCACCAACUAAUGCUUCUUGGUUCACCAAAGCCACUUUACAAAGGUUUGUGGGAUUUGUUAGUACUCCUGAGAUUCUUGAGCGAUUUGUAACUAUAGAAAGAGAAAUUACGCAAAUUGAGAGCUCAGUUCAAUCUAAUGAACAAGCUAAUGGCAUUGUCAAUGCUGCAGGAAAUGCAUCAGCUUUUGAUGGAGAUUCCAAAUUCUCUGCUGGUUUUCCAAAGUCCAAAGGUGAAUCUGAUGGUAUUGGUGAAGAAAAUCCCAAGGUUAGUCUUCAACGUGUUCUAGAAAGCAGAAAAGCAGUUCUAAGGAGAGAGCAAGCAAUGGCCUACGCCCGUGCUUUGGUAUCUGGCUUUGAUAUGGAUAACUUGGAUGACCUCAUAUCUUUUGCCAAUGCUUUUGGAGCUCUACGUUUAAGGGAAGCAUGCAUUAAAUUUAUGGAGCUGUGUAACAAAAAGAGAGAUGACGGAAUCUGGAUGGAUGAAGUGGCAGCUCUUCAGGCCUACUCUCCUUCUGAAUUUUCAUAUUUUGGGAGAUCUGGAAUCAUGCUUGCUGCUGAACAUAGUGAUGUUACUCAAGAUAUCAUGAUGAACAAUCAAAACAUCGGUAUCUCCAGCAGAAAACAGAAUGGUUCUAUUGAUGCUUCGACAUCUGAUACCAUAAGUCAUGGAAGUUUAGAUACUAAUCUAGAAAAUGGCUUACCUCCACCAAUCCAAAUGCACUCUACAGAUGGAAAAUCACAGGCAAUAUGGCCUAACAAUAUAUCACCUUACAUACAAAAUUUUCAAAAUCCUGCAUUUCAACAACUGCCACCAUAUCCAGGGUACAUGUUUUCAGGCAUGCAGGUUAAUCCAACUUACUAUCCUGGAAUGCCAUGGCCUGCAAAUGCGGAAGAUUCUAGUCGAGGUCCUGUUCAUGAAUCAGAUUAUAAUUGGAAGAACAGACCACCUUCCAAGAACAAGAAGAAAUAUUCAAAUGGGAGAGGACCUAAUAAUUCAACAGAAGAUGAUAGACAUGAUAGCAACAAUUCAGCCUCUAACUGUGAUUCUGAUGACUAUGAGGAUGAGAAGAAAAGGCAGCUGCCUAUCGACAACCUUCAGAACAAGAAGCAUGGGAAAAGUUCAUCAAGAAAAGUUGUUAUCCGCAACAUAAACUACAUAGCUUCGAAUAGAAAUGAGCAAAGUGACAGCAGCACUGACACUGAUGAUAGUUCUGCCAAUGAGGAUGCAGGUUCCCUCAGAAAGCAGGUAGAAGAAGCAGUUGGAUCAUGGGAGAGGCACCACAACUCAACGUCUCGCAACAAGAAGAAACGAGAUGGAAAGAAGAUAAACAAAAGCGGCAAUAUCUCAAAUGGGGCUUCUAAGGGGGAUACUAAGGAUGAAGUUACCAGAGAAGAAAACAUCGGUAAGAAUUGGGAUAUAUUCCAGAACAUUCUUAUGCAAGAUGCAGAUUCAAGGUCCAAUGACACGGGGUCAAAGAGCUUUGUGGAAGAUGUAGCACCUGCAUCCAAUGUUAGAUCAGAAGGUUUAUUAAAGCAAUGGACUCCAUCAGCCGAUUCUCUUAUUGCGACUGAGAGACAACUAGGACAUGAAGAUAAAGUGCCUCAACAAAACAUUGGGGAAGAAAAAAGUCUUCGACCAGUUAAUAGAAGAGAAAGCACAAAAGAAGAGUUGUUAUUUUCACAUAGAACACAGGAGUCAGAUCGCUAUCCUCGGUCUAUCUUGUCCAAUGGUGCCACUGAAUCAGUUGUCCUUAAGAGCCACAAAGAGGAGGAUUGGUUAGCUGGUAAUCUACUGAAUAAAUCAACACAUCAAGGAGAAAUCUCAUAUCAAAGUAUCUUUGUUGGAGAUUAUGCUUUGGAGACGGGGAAAGAUAAGAAUGGUGUUCUAUUUGAUGACUCCAUUAUGGUUCAAUCCCAUUCAGUUGAUAUCGCGUCUGAUUAUCACCAACAGACAGACAUUUUAAUGGUUUCAGACAUUGUCGGAGCUGAACAAGUUAAGCACAACAUGCCUAAUCAUGUAGUAGAGGAUAAGCUUGUUGCUUCUGAUACAUGUGAACCAAAUGACCUUUUCAUGGUGCUUAAAAGGGCUUCAACUGCUGAGCAAGUUUCAGCUUCUUGGAAUCCUGAAAUAGAUUACGAAAAUGAUGUCUUCUUGUCUGAAACUCUUAAAAUUCACACUGAUGUAAAACCUACUGAUAUGAAGCUUCCACAAAAUGGUGAAGAAACCAAAAAGAUCGGUAAGGACCUUGGACGAAAGGGAGUAAGCAAAGAACCAAAAUCUAAAGCUUCAGUUGGAUCUCUUGGAAGGACCAAAUCUGAGAUAUCUUCACGAAUCAAGAAAUCUCCUUCUGCAAGUAAUAGAACCACAUUGCAAAAGAGCAGAGCUGAGAAGGACGAAGAGACUAGAAAGAGAUUGGAACAAUCACUAUUGCAGCGUCAAAAGAGAAUUGCAGAAAGAAGUGGUACCACUGGUUUUACCAAACCAACUACAAGGAAAAAUGCAAAAGAGUCAGCCACAUCUUCAAAAGUUGGGAAGCCAAAACCUGAGGCUCCAACUGAGGCAACCAAUAGAUUACAUAAACCGGUUUGUAAGAGUUCCACUAUAGAUCGCCUUUCAGCUACAAGGACAGCUAAGGAUCGAUCAAUUGAGCCAAAAACUAGUCCAAGUAGGAAAGCAAGUCAAAAGGAGAAUAAAGUGAUCACUCCAUUACAGAAAUCAGCUGGAAAUGAGAGUAAGAGAGGUCCACGAAAGAUCAAGCCUUCAGAUUCAAAAAGUCAUCAGGUCAAGCCUUCGGAUACAAAAGUUCAUGCAAAAGAUUAUUCUGCAUCUGAUUCUCAGAAGGUAAAAGAUGGUAAGGAUGACAUAAUGUUAAUGUCAAAUGAACACGGAUCUGAACUAAGACCACAGUUCUGUAAUGAGGCUGUUGAUGCUAAGAACACGGAGGAGGUACGCAGCAUAUCAUUAAAUGAGAAGAAGGAUAUACCUUUGCUUUCUGCUGAACAUUUGAAAGAUGAAAAGAAACAAAGCUCUAACAAGGUAAGGUUUGUACUAUCUGAAGUUGAAAGCUCAGCAGCUGUUGAUGAUGUUAUUGGAGUUAGUCCUCAAGUGAAUGGUAAUCCGUCCCCCGUCAAUCCUCUGACUUCCUCUGCUUCCAAAAUGCAUGAGGACAGUAACAUAAAUAUGGAGCCUAAAGAAUGCCAAGAGAUCCUAACUAAUGAAGUCUCUACACCUCCUCCAAAUAAUGAAAUGAACCUCGAGGCAAAUAACGGGAGAAGAAAAUGGAUAACUGAUGAAAGCUCUCUUAAAGUUACCAAAGGAUUCAGAAAACUUCUCUUGUUUGGUCGGAAAAGCUGAAUCCUUCCGUGUGGUCAAGUCAUGGCAUUUGUUGUGUGGCUGCAGAAGCUUAUCGUCCGUCCAUAUCACCUUCUUGAGUGGAAGCAUAGGAAAUAGGAAAUAUACAGAAGCUGCAUGUUUAAGGAACAAUAAGGCAUCAGGUAUUGCUGCAUUGGUGGUUGCUGUGAAUAGGUGAAAUUGUGUGAUGAGUGUUAUGGUUUUUAUUUAAUAAAAACUUGUAUCCUACUCUGUUAUUUGUGAUCUUUUUGCGAUCCUCUUUCUCCUUAUUCUCUGCCUAAAGGAAAGAAGAAAAAGAAAAAGAAAAAGAAAAGAAUCGUUUAAUUUUUAUGAGUGAAACCUACAAUCAUGUAGUCCUCUUUUGUUGUAUAACGUUAUUGUUUGAAUUCAUAUUCUGUUUAUGAAGUUGUCUUUGACUGGUU